AUGGGAUGCAUUUCGUUAAGUAUCAUUGUUGUGCUCAUUAUUAGUUUUAUCAGAUCAGGCAUAUUUGUAUUUCACCAUUGCUAUCCUUUUUCGCAACGAUCACUUGCAUGGAAUGUCACUGAUUAUCAAUCCAAUAGUGAUUAUUAUAAUCAAUUGACAACAAUACAUGAUUUCACUCAAGCGGAUAAUCUUCGUUUGGAUCGUCUUAGGUUUCCUCAAUUUCAUCCAGACAAUGGAAAAAGUGUUAUAUAUCUUAGGAAACAAUAUCAUAUGCCUGAUUUAAAUGGAUCUACAACAACCCUUCAUUGGGUUGAUUUAGAAACAAAUAAAACUAUUCAAUUAACACGACCUAUUUGGGGUAUCAUUGAUCAUCAAUUUUACUGGAUAAACAAUAAUACAAUUCUUUUUCUAUCGAAUCGAGCUUCAUCUGGUCUUCAUCAAUUGUUUCAACUCAAUAUACCUGAUGAUGUAUCAGCUAUACACAGCUUUCUUGAUCCAGUUCAAGUUACCGAUUAUCCAUUAGAUAUUGAUAAUCUCUUAGUUAAUCGACAAGCAACACGUCUUGCAUUUAGUUGUCAAGUUUAUGCUAAUUUAUCUAUUCAACAAACAGCUGAUCGUCAAGCAGUCGAGAAAACAAGAGGAAGUUUAGCUUAUAAAUUUGAUAAAUUAUUUAUUCGUCAUUGGGAUGAAUAUAUUCUUGGACCACGUCAUCAUCCAUUGAUUGUUUCAAUUGAACGAAAUGCAAAGGGAAUAUUUUAUUUUACAUCAGAACCAAAAGAUGUUCUAUUUGGUAUUGAUAGUGAUUCACCAACAAGACCUUCUGGAUAUGGUAAAACUCAAUGGUCAUUUAGUGCAAGUGGAAAUAAAUUUGCUUUUACAAGACGAUAUGAUGAGAAGAGUGAAGCAGCUUGGUCAACUAAUUUAGAUAUAUUUACUAUAGAUUUAACUACACCUAAUCUACAACCUAUGUGUAUUACAUGUGAAAAUUUAGCAACUGAUACAGAUCCAUCAUAUUCACCAAUUGAUGAUCAAGUUUUAGUUUAUCGAUCACAAUCAGUACCUGGUUAUGAAUCUGAUCAAUUCAAAAUUAAAUUUUAUAAUGGUUCUAAUUCAAAAAUAACUCUUCUUAAUGAUUGGGAUUAUAGUAUUCAAGCUAUAACAUGGUCACUUGAUGGUCAAUCACUUUUUCUUCAACUAGGUGAAGAAGCACGUACUGUCAUUUAUAAAUUCUCUAAUAUCUUAUCUAAUGAUUCAUCACCUAUUCGUCUUAUGGAUAAUGGUUCAUCCUUUGAUAUCAAUAUUCAUCCAAUGAACAAUGAUAUAUUUGUAUUUACACAUGAAAGUAUUAUUGAACCAACUAAUAUCUAUUUAUAUUCAUCAAAAGCAUUGCUACGAGCUGUUACUAAUCAUAACACAAAUCUCUUAUCUAAAGUACACAUGAGUACUCAAGUUGAAACAUUUAAUUUUACAGGUGCAAAAAAUGAAACAGUUUGGGGAUGGCAUGUACCACCGACAAAUGGUACAGCUAAAAAAGCACCACUAGUUUUUCUUAUUCAUGGUGGUCCACAAAACAGUUGGUAUGAUGCAUGGAGUUAUAAUUUAAAUUUUCAAACAUUUGCUUCACAAGGCUAUGUUGUUAUUGCAAUUAAUUUUCAUGGAUCGGAUUCAUAUGGACAAAAUUUCACUGAUAGUAUUAUUGGUCAAUAUGGUACAUUACCUUAUGAUGAUCUCAAAUUAGGACUUAGUGAAGCUUUAACUCGUUAUAAAUAUAUUGAUGAAAAUCGAGCUGUAGCAUUAGGCGGAAGUUAUGGUGGUUAUAUGAUAAACUGGAUUGCUGGACAUCCAGAAAUGAGUCAACGUUUCAAAGCAUUCAUUUGUCAUGCUGGUGUAUUUGAUCUAAGAGAAUUGGCUUAUUCAACAGAAGAAUUAUGGUUCAUUGAGCAUGACGCAGGUAACUUCACUCCUUAUGGAAAUCUUGAAGCAUUUGAAAAAUUUAAUCCAGUCAAUUAUGUUGCAAAUUGGAGUCAACCAAUGUUAAUUAUUCAUGGUGGUCGUGAUUAUCGUGUACCUGAUAUACAAGGAAUAAGUGCAUUUACAGCUUUACAAAGACGGAGUAUUCCAAGUCGAAUGCUUUAUUUUCCCAAAGAAAAUCAUUGGAUACUCAAUCCACUCAAUUCAAUGAUUUGGUAUCAAGAAGUACUCGAUUGGAUGAAUAAAUGGACAACAUAA